AUGUUUCGCUGCAACAGGACAUUACAUAUUUCACUGAGCUUGAUUAAGACUCGUAAUAGUUUAGACCCAUUGCUGGAGAAGCUGAGGCAAUGCAAACAUGAACAUCAGUUAUUCCAAAUUGUUGCGUUCAAUAAACCUUUACUCUCUGUCGAUCAUGCCAGCUUUGCAAUCAAUUUGCUCUGGGAAAUGCAGAGCAAAACAAAUUUGACAGAAGCAAAUGAGGGAAUCCGAAAUCACCCUGAAUUUGUCACUCUUCGUAGCUUGGCAGAAAAUAAAGUCAGCUAUAUCAAAGACAAACACUUGGUGAAAACCUUGAAUGCUGCUAUGAGGCUUGGAGUGGAGUACCAUCAAGCUCUUAUACAACAGUUGGUUGUGGAAGGAUGGAACAGACUACAAAGAUUUGACUUUUUGACUUUAUCAGAGUUUUCUGAUUGUUUGGCAAGACAAGAUUUGUUUUCAAGCCCUUGCUCGGAGAAAUGGCCAACAUUUUGGACAAGAAUCUUGAUAAUCUGCAAGAUCUAAAAGUCCUCUCCAUUCUGAUGUUCUACUUACAAUCUGUCUGUUCAACAAGCCUACAGCAUCGACUGAUCGCAAAGGCAGAUUCUCUAAUAGAAGAGGAAGAAUCAGUUAGUACUCGUACCAUGGAAAGGAUUGUUAUUUUUUUACGAAACAUGGGUUCCGUUAAACCAAGAGUCAAGAAAAAAUAUGCCAGAUUUAUCAUACAGAAGAUGAAAACAGUGGAUUUGAAAAAGUUUUGUGUUCUCUUUAAGCUGUACCAUUCUUUAGGCUAUAGCCUCUUUGAAAUUCCAGUAUCGGUAAAGUCAAGAUUGCCCAAGUUAUUGGAGCAGUGUAACACUACUGAAGAUUUCACCAAAGCGUUAAGUUUGCUACCUUUGACUUCACAAGAGACAAGAGAAAGACUUGAAAACGUUCUUUUGGGUUUGACAGAUCAAAUAGAUCACAGCCAAUUAUUGGGCAUAUUGAGAAGCAUGGCUAUAGCCAGAUGUAGAAAUCCCAUCCUGAUUCACAAGAUUUGUUCCAGGAUUAUGAAAAAGUUGGAUCUCUACACGACACUGCAUCUAUGCAUAAUAAUAAAUUCAGUGGUAUCUUUGUCAUGCUAUGAUUAUAAAUUGCUUGCAAAAUUAGAACAGCACUUAACAUGCAAGUUAAAGGAGUCUUCAAUCACGAAUGAUGUUAUCAUGAUGACCCAAGCCCUGUCCCUGAUGUGCCCUAGAAGUGUGGACAAAGCCAUAAUUUCUAAGAUGGAUGCUAUUGUUAUGCAGUGUAAUCUAGCCCAGAUAAGUCACAUGGCUGAUGCUGUCAUACUAUGGUUGUUGAAAAACCCAAAAACACUUCAUUAUAAAAAAUUGUACAAAAAAAUAAACACACAUGCGUUGGAACAAAUCAGGAAUAUGAAGAACAUUGAUGUUCUCUUCGAGGCGCUAAUGAACGCGAUGAAGGGACAGUGGUUUCAGUAUGUCCUUGUGGAAGCCACCUUGGAUUGCUGCCUUCGGUUGCUACCUCAGAUUACCUAUAGAAAUAUUGCAUCUGUGUCUAUAAUGCUUAUGUACAUCCAAACAAGGUGCACUCCAAUCCUAGAGAGAAUUGCAGCAGAGACUACAGAAAAUGUUGAAGAGUGCACUCCAUAUGUGCUGUUCACCAUUCUAAAGCUAUUCAGCUGUCUAAAUUAUGAGCCUCCCAAUGCAGAAAAGUUCUAUAAGGUGUGCAUACAGCAAUAUCUAGCUGAUCUUGACUCCGUGUUGCCUCACGACAUGGUAGAGCUGGCUCAUGCAAUAUCUUUGGCAGGGCGCUUUCCAGAAGACUUGGUAAAAUCUAUAUUCAAUGUUGACUUCCUAAACAGACUGGAUCUAGAGCUUGAUGUUACUGAAACUGAGAAAUCUGUGAUUGUUAGGAAGUUUCUGAUGGAAUUAAAUCGAGCUGUAUGUAUUGAGUGCCCAGAGUAUCAGAUUCCCUGGUUCCAUGACCAAGUUUCUCAACAGCUGCAAUGGAGAGACGAUAUAAAUAAAAAUCUCAUGUGUCGCCAUAUUUGGCAUUUGUUGGGAGAGGCCCUCGGAGGAAUACAGUAUACAAGAAUGUCUGUUGUUACACCAUAUUAUUACACUGUAGACUUUGAAUUUAUACUGGAUGAGAAUAAAAAACCAAUUUCCUACAUGGACCUAAACCUGCUUUCUGCUGAUGUUUCCAAACCGCAGUUUGGGAUUGGCGGUACGAUGCAGGAAAAUAAACCUUUGCCACCAGGAGCUCAAAGGGUUGCUGUGAAUGUUCUUUACCCAGGAGAAUACUGCAGAAACUCUUUCCAUACUAAGGGAUCGAUGGCAACGAAGAAGAGACAUCUAGAAAUUCUAGGAUAUCAUGUGAUUGAGAUCCCUACUACUGAAUGGAAUUCAAUGGACCUGGGAACAAAUGAGCGCUGGCUAAAUUAUCUCAGGAAAAAGAUCUUUACUGAUGAACUUUGA